AUGCCCAGCUUCAGAGGCCUGGGCAAGCACAGCAACCGUUCGCAGCACGCGGUUGCCGAGGCGUCGCCACAACAGCAGCAGCAGCAACUACAACAGCAGCAGCAGUCCGGAGCUGUGUCUCAACAACCUACAAGAGCACCACCGGCGCCGGCUGAGGCAGAUUUGCAGCACCCGCCGCACCCCGACGCGACCCCUCAGUCAGCCUUGCGGACGAGUGCCCUCAGCUCCAGCGAGUCGUUUAACGUGACGCAGCAGCAGCAGCAGCAACAGCAGCAACAACAACAGCUUCAGCUUCAGCAGCAAUUGCAAGCUCAGCAACAGUCCGGAGCAGUUGGUGCUGGUCCGGCUCUCCUGUUUCACUCGGGCUCGUCCGGCGUCGGCCCCUCGCCUGUGCCUGUGCAGAACCCCGCCGUCAUUGGGCCAGCGCCCGCUUUUGAUGGCCGCCAGCAGCUCCAGCAGCUCCAGCAACAGCAUCAGCUGAAUCAACAGCCUCAAAUUCAACCUCAACUCCAGCAUCAGCAGCCGCAUCAACAGCCGCAACCUUUACCGCCGCAGCAGAGCACGGGCAAGCUGCAGAAGCAACAGCCGCCGCCACCACAGCAGCAGCAGCAGCAGCCCCCCGGCGAUUUUGCUGAAGCCGCCUCCGCCGUCCGCCAGAGUCAGCGCUACAGCGCAUCGCUCCACCACCUCUUCAACGUCUCGCAGACGUCACUCAACGAACUGACGGGCCAUCACCAGGGCCAGGCCGCCGCCUCUGCUUCAGCCUCUCAAGCCUCGCAAGGCUCUGCCCCCGAGAAGCGAUCGGCACGCAAGAUCAUCAAGGGUAUCUUCUCCGGCCGCAACAACCACGACAACCACCGCGACGCCCCCGCAGCAGCUCAGUCUUACGACAACACCGUUGGACUCGCCCGCAGGCCGUCCAAGCGCAUCAGUCACAGCAACCCGCCCAACGUCAAGACGGGACUCUCGCCCCAGCCAGACCGCGACUGGCACACGCCCAACUCGUCCGUCCACCAGACAUCGCCGCUGCAAGGAGUGGGCGAGGCUGAAGAGUACGGUUACGAUCACGACCAGGCCCGCCUCCAGCACGACCCCCGACUAUCCGUGCCGCCCAUCAACACCAUCCGUGAGGGGCACGCCGACGAGAUACAAUCGCCCUACGACGACUAUCACCACUCGCAGCAGCAGAUCCCGCCGCCGCCUCAGCUGCAGCAGCCCCAGUCCGCUCACCCACAGGUGCUUGCAUCUCAGGAAUCCCUGCAACAGCAGCAGUUUGAGUUUCAGCAACAGCAGCAGCAACAGCAGCAACAACAGUUUGAGUUGCAGAUACAGCAGCAGCAGCAUCAGCAGCUUCAGUACGAUCCCCAGCAGGCCAUCUACGAUCAGCAGGGCCACCCUCAGCAACAGCAGCAGCAAUUGCCACAGGCCCCCCAGCAGUAUUACACCGCCAGCUCACCGCAAGAUCAAUAUCAGCAGACGACAGACCCUCGCAUUGUCACUACGCAUCUAGGCCAACAGCAGCUGCACCAGCAGCAGAACCCAGAAACCAUCUCUCAGCUCUCACGCGAGUCACCAGCCCCCGAUUCGGACCAGCGAUCGCUCAACCAACAGCUGGAGCAGCAACCGUCACCUGCCGUCCAUUACUCUGUGCCGGCACAAGAAUCCGUGUCUAGCAUCACUCUGCCUCCCGUCCAGCCCACGAACCAGCAGCAGCAGCAGCAACUCUCGCAACCUGCCAUGGCACCGCCCGGAGGAGGCGCACCUACGAACCGUGCUGACAAGGCCCUUCCUGGCGCACCCCCUGGAUAUCGCCACACUCACACCAACUCCAACAUGACCUCGGUACCCGGCGCACCUCUCCAGCCCGGCCAACAGCCUGCUGGAGCUGCCGCCGGUGCUGCCGCCGCCGGUGCCGCUGGCGGUGCGGGUGCUCCCCCGCGGUAUGAAGCGGCGACUGGCGAUCAAGGCCGGAAUAGUCCUCAGCCUUCGACUCACGAGCGCGACAAUGCCGAAUCGGAAAAGGCAUUUAAAGAACUACUCACAAAGUAUAAGAACGUGAAGCGCCUCUACUUUGAUGGCAAGUCCCAGAUCGAACAGCUUAAUGGCCAGAUUGAGCAUCUGCAGAAUGCCGUCGCCAACCAGCGCAUGUCGCAAUCGCGGACCGCCCUCGACGACAACGAGUACGUCAACAGGUUCAACCGACUUAACGGCGCUAUCAACAACCUGUCGUUCAACAUCCGCAAGGACUGGCGACGCCUGCCCCAGUGGCUGGAGAAAGUUGUCAGCCCCGAUGCCCUCAAGACGGGUAAGCAGGAGAUGACUGCGGUGGGUAGAGCUGUCAUCACCAAGUGGAUAGUGGACGAGGUCUUCAACAAGUGCUUCCACCCAGACUUGGAUGCCGCCUUUAGCAGCCAGCUCAAGGAGAUUGAGCUCCACAUCCGAGGCAAUGCGUACACCAUGCACAGCCAGGAGGAGUUUGACGCGCUGACGACCAAGGUGGUCAACUGGCGGAUGGCGACGCUGGACGGGCUGCAGCACAAGCUCAACUCGACAACAGCGGGAGACAACCGCGCAGGGCUGAUUGCCAAGAUGACCACCAACCUGGCCGCGCACCUGUACCAGUUCCUCAUUGAGCCGCCGCCGGCCGGAGUCGAAGGUAGCACCUCGAUGAUUGUGGAGCUGGCCAUAGGCAUUGCUGCCAACUUGCCGCGAGAGAGCCGAGACGUGACCAUCAUGUAUCCUCUGCCGGGAGACGUGAUGCAGGCGGGCUUCAUGGAAGUCGAAAAGGGAGGACUGCCUUCUCUCGAUGGUCAGAAGGAAGAGGCCAAGGUGGAUGCCGAUGCAGACAAGGAUAAGAGCAGCAGCAGCAGCGGAGAUUCAAGCAAGGCCGGAUUCCCCAAAGAUUCCGGCCGCGUGCGAUUUGCAGGAUUUGUGGCCAUUGAAGUAAGAGGGCGACAGGUGUUGAUGAAGGCGCCGGUAUGGACAUUGUAG